AUGGCUGGUGAGCAAACCACCAAUGAGCAGCAGCUCGGCACGGCAUCCAAGAAGGGUGUCUGGCGCCAGCUGCGUGAGAACCCUUACAUCUUUGGACUUUCUAUGUUUGCCAGUCUUGGUGGCUUCCUUUUCGGUUACGAUCAAGGUGUUGUGUCCGGCGUACUGACCAUGGAGUCGUUCGCGGCCGACUUUCCACGAAUCUACCUCGACAGCGGUUUCAAGGGUUGGUUCGUCUCAACUUUGCUUCUGUGCGCGUGGUUUGGGUCUCUUAUCAACGGCCCCAUUGCCGACUACCUUGGAAGAAAGGGCUCGAUCCUCCUGGCUGUUGUUGUCUUUACCAUAGGCUCAGCUUUCCAGGCUGGCGCCAACUCUAUCCCUAUGCUUUUCGCAGGUCGUGCUGUGGCUGGUCUCGCAGUUGGCAUGUUGACCAUGAUUGUGCCCAUGUAUAUGUCGGAGGUGUCAAGCCCCGGCAUCCGCGGUACUCUUGUUGUUUUGCAGCAACUGAGCAUCACCCUGGGCAUCCUCGUAAGCUAUUGGCUAGAGUAUGGAACCCAGUACAUCGGUGGCCAUCGAUGCGCACCCGACAUUCCGUACUCAGGUGGCACUUCCGACAAACCCACUUUCGAUCCUCGAUACGAUGUUGGCCCCAACGGAUGUACGGGACAGUCCGAAGCUGCCUGGCGAGUUCCCUUUGCCCUCCAGAUCUUCCCUGCGCUUGUUUUGGGCAUUGGCAUGAUCUUUUUCCCCGAGUCCCCGCGCUUCUACCUCAUGCGCCACAAGGAGGACCAAGCUCUUGCCGCCUUGGCUCAACUUCGUCAGGUUCAUGUUGAUACAGAGUCCAUCCGAGCUGAGUAUCUAGCCAUCAAAGCCGAGGUCCUGUUUGACGAGUCCAUUACAAAGGAGAGGUUUCCCGGGAAGAAGGGAAUUUCCCUCUUUGCUGCUCAGCAUGUUGCUCUCGUAUCUACGUGGCCUGCCUUCAAGCGCCUCGCCAUUGGGUGCUGCAUCAUGUUUUUCCAGCAGUUCAUGGGCUGCAAUGCCAUCAUCUACUACGCCCCAGCCAUGUUUGCACAGCUGGGACUCUCUGGAAAUACCUCGGGCCUUUUGGCGACUGGUGUAUACGGCAUCGUCAACACGCUUUCAACACUGCCCGCCCUCUUCUUAAUUGACAAGCUUGGUCGUCGUCCCUUGCUCAUGUGUGGUGCAGCUGGAACGUUCAUCUCUCUCGUUAUUGUCGGUGGCAUCAUUGGAGGAUACGGCUCAGCUCUUGCUGAUAAUAAAUCGGCGGGCUGGGUUGGCAUUGUCUUCAUCUACAUCUACGACGUCAACUUCUCGUUUUCAUUCGCGCCUAUCGGUUGGGUUCUGCCCUCUGAAAUCUUCAACCUUGGCAAUCGCUCCAAGGCCAUGGCUAUCACCACUAGCGCUACUUGGAUGUGCAACUUCAUUAUCGGACUUGUGACGCCCGAUAUGCUGGCCACUAUUGGCUGGGGUACCUACAUCUUCUUUGCCGCAUUCUGCCUUCUCGCCUUCUUCUUUACCUACUUCUUUGUGCCUGAGACUCGUGGAAAGAGUUUGGAGGAUAUGGAUCUAGUAUUUGGCGAUACUGCAUCUCAUGAGGAGAAGGCAAGGUUGAUGGAGAUUGCAUCUUCCAUGGGCCUGACAGAAGCCUUCCCAGAGCACAAGGUCGUUCUUGCUAAGGAAGAACAUACUUCUGCAGAGCAUUAUGCAUAA